AUGAAUAGUUAUUUGCUUUGUAAAUAAUAAGAUCAUUUUUAAAAUCCUUUAAACAUAGUUUGCUUUAAUAACAAAUGUCAAAAUUAUGGAUUAAUUUGUAGUUAUUGUUUAAUUGAAAGUCAUGCAGAUCACGUAAAAUAAUGCAUUCCUUUAUAUAAAGCCAUAAAUUAAAUUAAAAAACAAGGCUAAAAGCUUAAUAUAAGUAAUGAGAUGAUAAAUUAAAAUAAAUAAUUAAUAAAUCAAUUAUAGAAAUACAUUUUAACCUUAAAAAUUUAAAUUAACAUGGUAGAAAAUACAAUUUAAUAAAAAUUAGAUUUUUUAAAAGAAAAAAACGAUCUUUUAAAAAUUGAUUUUUUUGAUAUUUUCGAAAAUUAAAAUAAUGAUUAAAUUCAAGAAAAAUUAAUUAAAAUAAUUCCUUUUUAUACUAUAAAAGAAAAUGGAGAAAUCGAAUUAAUUUAUGAGGAACUUAUUAAAAAAAAUGAAGAAAAUAAUAACAAAAUAGCUGAAAUUAUGUAAAUGGAAACUAUUUUUUAAGUAGAAAGGUAAAUAGAGGAUUUAAAAAAAUUAGAAAAUAGCUUAAAUUAAAUAUCAUAAUAAGAAAUUGUAGAAAUAUGUUCAUAAAAUAGAUUUAAAAAAAUUAAUGAAAUUUGGACUAUGAAAGAAACAGAAGCUAUUUCAUUUUAAAUUAAAAUAGAAAAAUACGUAAACUUAAAUAUUUAUAAUUAAAUAUAAUUUAAAAUUUAAGAUUUGGCUUAAUGGUUUUGGUAUGUAUGA